AUGUUCAAGACGGCAAGCAUCGUUGGGACCUUCCUUUUGGCUCUGCCCAGAGCAGAUGCCACUUGCCUUGCAGACAACAAGCUAAAGCUUAAGAGUUGUGGCGUCCAUUGCUCAGGAAGCAUGGACAGGGUGGUCUGUGUUUCGAAUUGCCUUCAAAAGCAAGAUGUGGUGGCUUCCUGCGCGGACUGCCUCGGGUCCGAGUUUGACUGCGGCAGCCGUUUCUGUGCCAACGCAUGUGAAGGUGGGCACAGAAGCGGAGCCUGUGAUUCGUGUCUGCAUGCUCAGUGCACCAUGUGCAGCACGGAACUCGACUUCCAGGCCCACACACCUAACAUGGAUGAUGCCUUGGCUGAAGCAGUCGAGGCUGCCGCGCCACCAGCAGACAAUGACACCGCUGCUGUGAAGAUGCUUGCAGCAAGGGCUGGCAGCUGCGCAUCCAGUGGUGCUCUGAUCAGUUCUUGCGGUACUCCUUGCUACCUCACCACCGAUCCAUCUGGAUGCUAUGCGAAAUGCGCCAUGAAGUCGUGCUUCUCUGGCUGCUACGAUUGCAGCAGCAAACACUGCUUCGAGUCGUGCAGGCGAUCCUUCUCGAGCUAUGAAUGCGCCACCUGUGUGAGUGGUUUCUGCGGGGGUUGCACGGUCCGGACAGGAAUGCAGGACUCCACGAUACUCCCUUGA